UUUAUUAUUAUUAUUGUCACCUGAAAAGUGAUUUCAGAGGUUCAAGGUUCUUGUGAAUUAAGUUUUUAGAUCAUUUUAAGUAAAUGGGCUCAAAAUCGGAAAUCUUCUUAUGUAUUACUGAAGAUAUGUGUUGGGGGAACUGAAAAGGGAGUUGUAUCAACGGUUCUAUAUACUAAUCAAAUUGAAAACACAAUACUUUUGAUUGACAUUUCCACACCUUUACACGAAGGCCUUGAAGAAAACGAUUGGAUUCCUAACCUCGAAACUGCUGCAAAGGGCGUUGCUGUCGCUAAUACCGUUUGUUGCCAAACUUGUCAAAAAAGCUUGGCGCUAAAUACCAGAUGAAAAUGCAAAUUUAAUAGAAGAUAACACAGUUUCUCAACUCCGUAAAAUAAAAUUCAAAUCAAAAUGACUGCAUAUGUGAUGUGCCUUACCUCCUCCGGAGGAAUUCCCUUAUUUAGUCGAAAAAAGGGAGAAGGCGAAGCUCUAUCAUUUUCUGAAAUGGCCUCUCUAAACGGAGUACACCUGUUCCUUAAGUCUCAGAACGUUGAACUUCUGGAUACUAAAACACCAGACACGACAGUAGUAUGGAAGGAAUGCGAAGACACUGUUAUGCUGAUUGCAAUAGCAAGUGGUACGACUAAGUGUGUUCUGAACAAAUUUCUCGAAACUGUCUUCAGCGCAAUGGUUCUCGUAGUGGGAAUUGACGACAUCAAAAAUCCAAGAAGUAUCGAAAGGCUAAAAAGGGACUUGCGUGUCUGUAAUCCCAUCAUCGAUAGACUUCUGGAAUGUUUGGACGUAGGAGACAAAGCAUGUAUGAGAACCGAUUCUGUGGAUAUGACAAAUUGCAAUAUGUACUCCGAAAAUCAUUUACUCCAAGUUUGUCUAGAUGCUUAUAUGGAAUCCCUAGACUCUAUGUAUGGAUGCCUUUUGAUUCACGGAAGUCUGGCUGUGGCUACGGAAAGCUGGUGGCUCCUUGAUCCCAUAGAAAGGAAAUUAUUAAUAUUGGCAAUUACAUCUGAAAGUAAUUGUACCGUGAGAGAUCUGCCAGUAUUUUUACCGAAUAAGAGCCCAAGUAUUGCCUUCAGACUCGUCUCAGUUACUCUCGGAAGUCAUAUUGAAGUCCUGUCCUUGUGUGGACCGACUCCAAGUUUAAUGGAGAUUGAGAGAUUGGCUGUGCAGAGUUGGAGAAACAGUAUCGACAUUUUGAGAGAUGCUGAGCAAACGUUUUCAAAGAAUUUUUCGACUGGUGUGUUCCUAGAUCCAGCAAUUCUUGGAUUCCUUCUGGCAAAUUACAAAGUGGGAAAAUUCGUCUUGAAUAGGAAUUCUCAGCAGGCGAAAAACCGUGCUACGGGGACUCAGCGAUUGGAUCUGUUGAGGACGUUUUAUCAUCAUGCGGUGGAAAUUUUUUUAAUCCCUGAGCAUUCAGAAGAAAGUGAAGAAGCCAAGAAGGAUUCGAAUUAUUUUGAAGGGGCUAAAGAGACAUAUUGGUGCUCAGAGUACCAUAAAUGUCAUGCUUUGAAGGAGGGUGAUUAUAUUUUCUGUGUAAUGUAUAUGUCUAAUAUUCCUACUCAUACUAUGAGGUUGAUAACACAAAAAAGUUUAAAGUUGCUUCUAGCUGAGAAACAGUAUUGCUGGUGAGAGCUAAGCAUUUUUUUAUUGAUUAGUUUAAAAAUAAAAGCUUAAAUAUCCUUUGCGCAAUUAAGAGUCUGAAGAACUUUGCUUUUUUGGCAAAGAUAAAAUUUAGGUAUUUUAUAGAAUAUAGAUAGACAAUCCGAUGAAGCCGUCCUACAAUUGUUUGUAACAAAGCAGUAUUUCAGAGUUACUUAUUUUGUACUAUUUUUAUAUUUUAUGAUUUGAGUGGAUGAAUAAAAAUUGACUUUAUA